AGUGCGAGUCACCGCGCGCAGCACUGCUCCCGACAGACGGCAGCACCGACUGACAGACACUCUUAGCAGACAACAGCACCAAGGAGAGAACAGCGCCACCUGUCGACACCAUCAGCGAACGACAACCUCAGCAGACGACAAAUUCUAGCAGACGACAGCCGACCACAGCACCGACGCCAUGACGGACAUCAACGAACUGUUCGACAGCCGACCGUUCAAACCCAAAUACGCGCACCUUCCGGCCCGGGACGCCGAAGCCGACGACGCCGACGACGUCGCUUACGGCGCUGCAUCGUCCAACAACUCCAUCCUGCUCGACGCGACGUCGGCCAUCCCUUUUCAGCGUCGUUCUGCCGUCUACGUCGACAACGGCGCGCCGACGACCGAGAAGACGCCGCCGUCGUCGUCGUCGCCGCCGGUGCGACAGUUGUCGUGUCACAUGGAUCACGUCGACCACGGCUAUGCGUGGGUGGUGCUGUUCGCGUCGUUCUUUAUCAACAUGCUCGUGCUCGGCAUCACUAACUCGUUCGCAGUCUACUACACGGUGUUCCUGCGCGCGUUCGGCAAGACGAAGGCGUCGACGACGUGGAUAGGGGCGAUGCACGUCGGCCUCAUGUUUUUUGUCG